UCUCUAGGAUCUUUCCAAGUAGUACUCGUUGAUUGUCUCCUGAAGUCUUCAAGGAUUAUUUCAUCCAGUAUGGACUCACCUUCCAAGAGACAAAACUCCAGGCGACAUUCCGAAGCCAGGGUUCAACCUCAGCACCGCUCAACGGCAACCUCCCCAUACGCUCAAGUCCCAGUGCAGACCGGAUCAUCCAUCUACCCCUCGAAUCCAUCGGCUCUGCCCCCCUACCAUGAGAAUUCCGGGCAAGGCUUCCCUGCUUUUGGCACACAAAGCGCUGUUGGAUAUACGCAGUCGGAUCGUUACCCCCCUGCAUAUCAUAACAUGAACACAAUGGCGUACUUGUACUCACACAGCGCCCCAGCAUACAGUAUGACUUUCUACCCGCCCAUGCCGCCGGUCCCCAACUAUGGUGGCCCGUCGUACGGGUCUCAGCCAGCCUCGACUCAGGCGUUCGUGUCAUCUUCGCCGCACCACAGUCAUCCAAAUAGCCCUUUGAUGUCUUAUUCUGAUUUUUCAGGUCACUCGUCUGCCGCAAGCUCUUACGGCUAUGCCUAUGCCGCCAGUUCUGCAACAACAACACCCAGCGCAGCGAAUACGCCUACGCAGCCCUUGUCACCCACACUCGUGGGGGUGGGUGCCUGGGACCAUAGGCAACCCAUAGAAGAUGAUCAAGAGCCGCGAGUUGAACGAAACCAUCGCGAAGGGCGUAGGCUGCACCAUACCGAGUUCCCAUCCAAGUCGAAGCGAUCCGAAUCGACAGAGGUAAAUAGAUCCAGCAGUCAUUCCAGAGAGGUAGACAUCUACACAAAGAGAAACGGCGGCCGUUCUUCCGCAUCGUGCAAUGAUGACCGAAAGAAUAGCAAUGCUCGGCAUCGCAAAGAUGACGAUAAGGACGAUAGUAGGAAAGGCAGCGAAAGGAGACAAUACAGUGGCUCAAAUAGGCGUGAGACAAGAACUUACUAGUUUGGAUUGUAUCUCCUUGAAUUUAAUCUUGCUUGGUGGAUUUCCAAUCCGGCGGGCGCGGGUUCCUUUUGCGGAUUCGCUCCGCCUUUGUCACCAUAGUAUUCAGAUCCACUUUACACGGUUUGGCUAGGAUAAAAGUUCUCUUCUUCUUUUGUCAUUAGCACUAUCCGUAGAGUUUCAAAGCGCAAUUCUCCUGGGUUUUGUCUUUCAGAAGCAUAUGUAACUUGAAAAUGUUUUUCCACUUUCAUUCCUGGAUGAAAUGACACAUCGGCAUUCGGCUCUUACCACAAC